AUGCCUCCGCAGGCAUUUGGUACCACAACUCCGAUGUCAAGUUCUUCAGACCGCGAAAGACAGCAGACUACAGACUCAAAACACCGUCAGACCAGAGAUGGUUCAACCAGCAAACAGAGUCGAAGCUCACACCGCAUCCUUGGUGACUACACCUUGACCAAGACACUUGGAGCUGGUAGCAUGGGGAAGGUCAAGCUGGCUAUUCAUAAUAUCACGGAAGAGAAGCUCGCUGUCAAAAUCCUCCCUCGAGUGUAUCCGCAAGCUUCCCAGCCAAAUGGUUCAAAUGCAACUCCAGAAGCAGUCGCAAAGCAGGCCUCAAAAGAUGCUUCGAAAGAGAUACGCACUCUUCGUGAAGCUGCUCUCUCUAUGCUUCUUCAUCACCCGUACAUCUGCGGCAUGCGCGAGAUGAUCGUCCAUCAACAUCAUUAUUACAUGGUAUUCGAAUAUGUGAACGGUGGCCAGAUGCUCGACUAUAUUAUCAGUCACGGUCGGUUGCGGGAACGUGUCGCUCGCAAGUUCGCUCGUCAGAUAGGAAGUGCGCUAGAUUACUGUCAUCGAAACAAUGUGGUCCAUCGAGAUCUCAAAAUCGAGAACAUCCUCAUAUCUGAAACAGGAAACAUCAAGAUAAUCGACUUUGGCCUGUCUAAUCUCUACGACCCUUGUUCCACUCUGUCGACCUUUUGUGGUUCGCUAUACUUUGCAGCUCCCGAGCUCCUUAAUGCGAAGGUCUACAUUGGACCGGAGGUUGAUGUAUGGAGUUUUGGAGUUGUCCUCUACGUGCUCGUAUGUGGCAAAGUGCCUUUCGACGAUCAGAGCAUGCCAGCACUGCAUGCCAAAAUUAAGCGCGGGCUGGUCGAGUAUCCUGUGUGGUUAAGUGCAGAGUGCAAGCACUUACUCUCCCGAAUGCUUGUCACUAACCCCGCUAUGCGUGCCUCGCUGACCGAGGUACUUGAGCAUCCAUGGAUGAUUCGUGGGUUCAGUGGUCCCCCUGACUCGCACAUGAUACACCGGGAUCCGCUCCGACCUGAUGACCUUGAUAAACAGGUCAUCAAAGGCAUGAAAGGCUUCGAAUUUGGGACUGAUGAGGAAAUCGAACGGAACCUCCGAAAGGUGCUCGAAUCUGACGCUUAUAUCCGCGCGGUCCAGGCUUGGGACCGCAAGCGCGGUGGUCGCAACGGCGCAAACAACCGUCUCGAGUUUUCUAAUUCCUCCCUUGCUAUAUCCUUCGAUGGGUCGGCCACGAAUGCGCACAAGAAUGAUUCUACAAUGAGUCCUUCAAAGAAGUCAAAACGUUUUUCUGGGUUCGACUUUUAUCGCCGGAAGCUGUUCUCCCCUUCCUCAUCGCCACCCACCACUCCUUCUCACUCGCCUCCCACCUCUCAGUCACUUCUGUCAGUUGGCGAUGGCAUGCGCGACCCCCUUGACCCAACGCAGGGAUUCCAUCCACUGGUCACAAUGUAUUACCUUUCCCGCGAGAAGUUAGAGCGUGAACGUGUCUAUGGCCCCGGGCGCUUUGCCAGCUCCCAGCUUUCCGUUCAAUCGACCACUGCAGCCAAUGCAUCCGCCACUGACGCUUCUGCACCACCCCCCUACCCGGCUAAUACCUUCACUCAACCUGCUCCUGUCAAGAAGGAGCAACAGCAGCCUGCCACCUCUGCAUCUGGUAAAGCAGACUACGGUAUGCCUCUCCCGCGCCUUCCUGCGCCUGAGACGUCGCAUUACUCCGACAUGUCCUACGAUGCAGCAUCUGCAGCGGCUUCUCCGACCUCUGCUGCAUUCCAUGGGCAAGUGCGAGCGCGUGACUCGGGGCUACCUCCACCUGCCACGAAGCGUGUCGAAAUUUCCCAACCGCCAACGCCAGGGCCGGCGACAGCACUUCCGCGUGCUCCACCUGCGUCCACUCACCGCCGCAGCCACAGCAUGAGCCAGCGACCAACUGCGCUCCGCGGAUGGGGUGGAGGGUUUGUUAGUGGCGAAAGUCGUGUGGACGAGCACGGCGAGGAGCAAGGCUCUCAAUCGGCUGGUCUGGAGGGCGAAUUUACGGACCAGGAUAAGGUUCUGUCCGGAGGGGAUCGUGCACAUACACAUGACGGUCCGUUAUCAGCUGGCGCAACGCUCGUGCGCAGGUUUGGCACGCUUCUGGUUGGGAAGGGUGAUGAUAAUAAACGGAGUAUUGGUAAGCGGACGACGAUGUUAGGCGCUGUACCAUUGCGAUCAUCGGGAGAUGAUGGCGAGAAGCCUGCUGAAUCGUCUUGGAAGCGGGGCGCAGAUGUCGAUGUACGCAGAUCCUCCAUCAUUGCGCCUCAACCUAUUACUGCUAGCCAGAGCCAGCCUCUUGGGAACGUGCACAGGCGAGCUGCCACCAUUCUUGAUCCCCAAGGUCGUCAGAUUCGGCACGAGCGCCGGAGUAGCACUGGUGGAUCUUUGCUCCCUAGUAUCGGUGGCACCAUCGGACGACAUCGUCGGCCAUCGACUGGUUAUGGGACGAGCAGCGGACGUCCAACUGGCGUGAGUGGCUUUGGACAAACUGAGAAGGUGGAGGAGAAUGUUGAGCAAGAGGGAGUUGAUCAGGACGAUGGCUUCAAGGAUGAGCAGAGUGGACACCACAGCGAUAAGGACUUCAAGCCGGUGCAUCUUAAGGGACUGUUCAGUGUUGCAACCACUUCUACAAAACCGCCAUCAGUGCUCAAGGCCGAUAUCAAGAAAGUUCUGGACCGAAUGCAAGUUCAAUAUCGAGAGACACGGUGUGGUUUUGAGUGCAUCCAUGUACCCUCCAUCGACAUUUCAUCUGUCCCCGAAUCAACUCAGGUCCAAGGACGCUCUAGUCAUCACCGGAGGACUGCUUCUGGUGGCUCCAACGAAACUGGAAUUACGCCUCGAUCGCUUGUGAAGAAAGCGUCGAAGAUGUCUUUUGGUAUGAAGUCUAAGGAGCGGGAGAGGGAGAGGGAGAGUAUGAAGGAAAAAGAACAGGAGGCUCCUUUGGAGAAAGAGCUCCCUCACAGGCCAUCGAUUGGGACUGCAUUAAGUGCCACCCCCAGCAGCGGAUCGUCUUCGUUCUUCAAUGUCUCCUCUAAUACCCACACCAUUACAGCGGAUAAUUCUCGGCAUCAGGAAGCCAAUGUGCUCGCGCCGGCAACACCCCACGAGGAACAGCGUGAUCCAUUCCGCUCGCAAACACCGGUAAAAGGCAAGGUCUUACCGCCCAUACCCCGCGACUUUGCUGCUACACCACAGCCGCACACUCCCCGGCCGGCACCUUUUCCUACCGGUGAAGUCGAUCGUGAAGUAUUCGAAUCUAUGGGUGCUAGUUCACUUUCAGUCCGUUUCGAAAUUAACAUUAUUAAGGUUCCUUGGCUGCCACUCCACGGCAUACAAUUUCGAAGGGCUGGUGGCGAUGGUUGGCAAUACCAAAUGCUCGCCCGGAGAGUUCUUACUGAGCUUAAGCUAUGA